AAAGAGAGGCAAAUGGAUAUAGAAACAACUAUAUCAACACCAUCCUAGUUCCAUGAUCUUCCAAACACUCAAAUCAAUCAUCAUACAUUGCUAAACAAGAAAGUAACAAAGAAAAAGGCAGAGCCAGUUGAAGAAAAUGUCUCUAGUCACAGAGGAGAUCAAGGCCAAGGCUGAGUAUUACUCUGGAGAUGAAAUCUGCCAACUGAAAUCAAAGGAAUUGCUGAUUGAGAUAGGGAUGCCAAAUGGGUUGCUACCUUUGAGGGAUAUUGAAGAGUGUGGGUAUGUGAGGGAGACAGGAUUUGUAUGGCUCAAGCAAAAGAAUAGCAUAACCCACAAAUUUGAGAAGAUUGGGAGGUACACCACCUAUGGAACAGAGGUCACAGCAACUGUUGAGCAGCACAAGAUCAAGAAGCUGACUGGUGUGAAGAGCAAGGAGCUCUUGAUUUGGCUCACUAUUGGUGACAUCUAUAUUGAUGAUCCAGCCAGUGGUAAGAUCACUUUCAAGACUCCUGCAGGUCUCAGCAGGACUUUUCCAGUGUCUGCCUUUCAGGUUGAAGAGGAAGUUAAGGAUGGAAAGGAAGCCAAUGAAGUGAAGGAAGUGAAUGCAGCUGUUGAGGUGAAGGAUGCCUAAGUUUAGAUUUCAUCUUUUACUAGUAGCACUAAAACUGCUUGUCUGUGCUUUCUUUGUAUGUGCUGGAUCUACUGGCCUUGAAACUUCUAUUACCUGCAAUAAAAAAAAUAGACUCACUUUUCCUUAACA